AUAGAUAGAACUCAAAACCAAUCUCUGAAUCAACUGCAAGCACACACAAUUGGAAGGUGUUUUUCUUAAUCUUCGUCUAUUUAGUUAUCCUGUGCAGAUAUGGCACAGCCACAAGAAGCUAAGGAAAGGUCUAAUAUUUCAAGCUAUGAUUCCUACUUCAAGACAGUGCAGUCCAGGAAGAAAUUACCACAUUCGCUACAAGAGGUUUUGACAACUGCAUUUGCAAAAAUCCCAGUUUCAUCUUUUCCAGGAGUUCCUGGAGGCAAAGUAGUUGAGAUUCCAGCAAAUACAUCUAUCGGUGACGCAGUUAGGAUUUUGUCUGAAUGCAACAUUUUGUCGGCCCCUGUGACGAACCCAGAUGCAAAAACCAGCUCCGAGUGGACAGAUAGGUACCUCGGAAUCAUAGAUUACUCUGCCAUUGUUCUUUGGGUGUUGGAGAGUGCAGAACUAGCUGCAGUUGCUCUCUCAGCGAGUUCAGCAACAGCUGCUGGAGUUGGUGCAGGAGCUGUUGGUGCAAUUGGAGCCGCAGCAUUGGGUGUGACUGGUCCUGUUGCAGUUGCAGGGUUAACCGCUGCUGCAGUUGGAGCUGCAGUGGCAGGCGGAGUGGCUACUGACAAAGGGAUGGGCAAAGAUGCUCCUACAGCUGCUGAUCAUUUGGGCCAAGACUUUUACAAAACUAUACUGCAAGAUGAACCCUUCAAAUCAACCACCGUAAGGUCAAUACUUAAAUCCUUCCGCUGGGCACCUUUCCUUCCCGUAACAAGCGAUAGUUCUAUGUUGAGCGUCUUGCUGCUACUUUCAAAAUAUAGACUGAGGAAUGUACCUGUGAUAGAACCUGGCCAAGGCACUAUCAAGAACUACAUCACUCAAUCAGCAGUUGUUCAUGGACUUGAACGAUGCAAAGGAAGGGAUUGGUUUGACUGCAUUGCCUCAAAGCCUAUAUCUGUUCUGGGACUUCCUUUUAUGUCCUCAGAUGAGGUUAUAAGUGUCCAGAGCGAUGACUUGAUACUGGAAGCUUUCAAGAAGAUGAAAGAUAACCAAAUUGGUGGUCUUCCAGUUGUACAAGGGACACAGAAGCAGAUAGUUGGUAAUGUCAGCAUAACAGAUAUCAGACACUUGCUGCUGAAACCCGAACUCUUCUCCAAUUUCAGGAAGCUCACUGUCAGGGAUUUCACGAGCACCAUCUCAACAAGCCAGAAUAUUGGAAAAGCCGUCCCAGCAAUUACCUGCAAUCUCGAGUCCACUCUUGGCAAUGUGAUUGAAACUCUUGCUUCCAAGUCUGUUCAUAGAAUCUAUGUGGCAGGGCAGGCAGGUGAAGUUAUUGGUGUCAUUACACUCAGAGAUGUGAUUUCCUGCUUCAUCUAUGAACCCCCCAAUCACUUUGAUGAUUACAUGGGGUCUGCGCUGAAAGAGAUGCUGAAUCAGUAAAACUUAACGGUUGUGGAAACCGUACACGGACAUGCAGAGACAGUAACAACCAAGUCACAGUUUUCUAUCAGUAUAUCUACUUUGUAUGCAAUCUGAAUAAACUAAAGCCAGGGACCUUUCUUGACUUUUGAUUAUCCAUCAUUUUCCUACUGAUUUCUGCAUCCUUCCACCUGCCAAGCCCAGCAAAUAUCUUGGACAGGAUCAGAAAAGGUAUAGGGUUCUCUGGCUCUAAUUCUGAAAGUUUUAUAGCCAUUUGUGUCCCCAGGUCUACAUUUGAAUGGCACUCACAAGCACCUAGCAAAGAAGCAAAAACUGAUGCAGAAGGCUCUGAUAACUCUUGUGUUAGUUCUAGGGCUUCAUCGAACCUGCCUGAUCGACCUAAAAGGUCAAUCAUACAGCCAUAAUGUUUCGGAUUUGGUUUUAUACCAAAAUCUCUAUCCAUCAUCCUAAAGAUUUGCCAUCCUUUGUCAACUAAACCACUGUGGCUGCACAUAGAUAGAAGACUAAUGAAAGUAGCUGCAUUUGGUUGUACUUUUUCUUCGAGCAUCUGGUCAAAGAUUGGAAACGCACACUCAUUCUCUCCA